AUGAUUACCUGUCGCCUGCCAUGGCAGAGAGCCCGUGCCCGCUGCGGGCCGUGGCAGCCGGCUGGCUUUCUGCCUCACCUCUGGGAGAUCCACCCCACGCUGAGUCACGAAGGACUCCACGUGACCGUGGGGCAGGGGCAACAGGUCGGCACGCAGGAGGAACGAGUAUCGGCAGAUCUGGAAACACCCCUUGCAAGGAGAGAAAUGGAGACCCUCUUCCAAGAGCAGCCUGAGACUGGGAACCCGUAUUUGGAAGAUGCUUUGCUUCAGAGUUACUUGAAAACACACCUUCCUCCCAAGGUACUGGAGGAGAUGAAUCAGGAUCUGGAGGGAUUUGGAUACCGUCUGCUAGCCAAGAUCAAACCUCUUGGACAGGAAUGCGAGUUGAACCCCCCUGUGUUUCGGCAGUAUGACGCCUGGGGGCGGCGGGUGGAUCACAUCAUCACCUGCUCGGCCUGGAAGAGGAUGAAAGAGAUUGUGGCAGAAGAAGGGCUGAUUGCCGAGGCCUAUGAGAGAAGAUACUCCAACUGGAGCCGUCUGCAUCAGGCUGUCAAGCUGUACUUAUUUGCAGCCUUCUCUGGAGGUUUCACCUGCCCACUGGCCAUGACUGAUGGCGCAGCCAAAGUCAUUGAGUCACUAGGUGUUCCUGCGUCUCUCAAAAACGCUUUUACCCGUCUGACGUCCCGUGACCCCAAGAAGUUCUGGACCUCUGGCCAGUGGAUGACCGAGCGCAGGGGAGGCUCCGAUGUGGCUAACGGCACUGAGACAGUGGCCAGAAAGCAGCCCGACGGUACCUAUUGUCUCUAUGGCUUUAAAUGGUUUACAUCCGCUGCUGAUUCUGAUGUGACAUUAACCUUGGCCAGGGUAGUGGAUGCUGAAGGACAAGUAAAACAGGGUUCCAGCGGCCUGUCCCUGUUCUUCCUGAAGGUUCGCGAUGAGGAGGGGAAGCUGAACAGCAUCCGAGUGCAAAGGCUGAAAGACAAGUUGGGCACACGGCAGAUGGCAACAGCAGAGCUAUGGCUAGAUGGAGCUAAAGCAGAGCUGAUCUCCCCAGAGGGUCGUGGUGUGGCCUCCAUCUCCAACAUGCUGAACAUAGCUCGGAUCCACAACAUCACCAGUGCAGUAGCUUACAUGAGAAGGAUGAUCAGUCUGAGCAGGGAGUAUGCCCGUAGGCGGGUUGCCUUUGGGAAGCUCCUCAAGGACCAUCCCCUACACAUGCAGACGUUAGCCCGGAUGGAGGUGCAGACGCGAGGGGCGUUUCUUCUGCUUAUGGAGAUCGUUCACCUGCUUGGACUUGUAGAAGCCAACAUGGCGAGUGAGCCAGAGCAGCUUCUCCUGAGACUGCUGGUACCAGUCACCAAACUGUACACUGGGAAGCAGGCUUCUGCUGUUGCUCUUGAGGCCAUGGAGAGUUUUGGAGGACAAGGUUACAUGGAGGACACAGGCGUGCCGGUCAUAGUCCGUGACGCUCUGGUGCUGUCCAUAUGGGAGGGAACCACAAAUAUCCUGUCGCUUGACGUCCUGCGAUCCCUCAGCAAGAGCCAAGGACAGGCGAUGGCUGUGUUCUCCGCAGUGCAGAAAAAACUGGAGCUGGCUUCGAGCACUGCGAAGCUGGAACCCGCCGUGAGGCAAGUGCAGGGGGCCCUCAGCCGCCUUGCGCAGUUCAUGCAAGCGGCCGGUUCCGGGGGGGCAGCGACCAUGGAGCUAGCAGCGAGAGACUUCUCCUACACCCUCGCAAGGAUCUACGCAGGUACUCUUUUAAUUGAACACGCCGCUCGGCCCGACGCUUCCCACACAGACAUCGCCGCUGCUCGAAGGUGGUGCAACCAGGAGCUGUGCCCUGUGGCCAGGGAGUCGGGGAACGGCAGCUACGGGGCUGGCUCAGGGACAGGGCGCUGGUCUACGAGGGCAGCCCCACCUGCAGCGGCAGGCUGUGACUCCCCGGCGGCAACUGGGGAGUCCAACCCCCAGGGGAAACAGCAG